UCCGAAGUGCUCGUCAGUUUUCGAAGUUGGAGCCAUGGCGACAACAGCUCAGUAUAUUCCGAGGAAUAACUCCUUGCCGUCUAACCCGCUCAUGCAUCCGGAUUCGGAUAGGAUGCACCAGGGGACGACCUACAGAGAAGUGCAGAAAAUGAUGCACCACGAGUACUUGCAAGGGCUCGCGGCGACCAACACGGGACACCCGAUGAGCCUGACGCACCACCAGUGGCUGCCCAGCUCCAACACCGACUGGUCCAGCAGCACCCACCUCGGCCAGCAGGAGCACAAAGCCAGCGUGCAGGCGACCAGGGACGACCUGAGCAGCGGCUUCCAUCACAGAUCUCACCUGGUGCACCAGCAGACGCAGAGCGCGCAUCACGGCUCAUGGGCGCCCGCCACGACGCACCACCUGUCCCCGCUGUCCCCGGCCGCGUCCGGCGGCCACCAGUCCCUCGUCUACUCCCAGCCUGGAUACACAAACCUGAACGCCAUGCUGAGCCCCCAGCCCGCGUCCCUGCACCACGGCAUGCGGGAUCCGCUCCACGACGACACGGGCAGCCUGCACGACAACCAGAUGGAGUCUCCCCAGCAGGCGUUCAGCCAUCACCAGGACCACUCGGACGAGGACGCGCCCAGCUCCGACGACCUGGAGCAGUUCGCCAAGCAGUUCAAGCAGCGGCGGAUCAAGCUGGGCUUUACGCAGGCGGACGUGGGCUUGGCCUUGGGCACCCUGUAUGGAAACGUCUUUUCUCAGACCACUAUCUGCAGGUUUGAGGCGCUGCAGCUCAGCUUCAAGAACAUGUGCAAACUUAAGCCGCUGCUUAACAAGUGGCUGGAGGAGACAGACUCGAACACCGGCAGUCCCACCAAUUUGGACAAGAUUGCCGCGCAGGGAAGGAAACGAAAGAAGAGGACCUCCAUUGAAGUGGGGGUGAAAGGGGCGCUGGAAAAUCAUUUCUUAAAAUGCCCCAAACCAUCUGCUCAUGAAAUCAGCACUUUGGCUGGCACUCUGCAGUUGGAAAAAGAGGUUGUCCGCGUUUGGUUUUGCAACAGAAGACAGAAAGAGAAAAGAAUGACACCAGUGGGGGUCCCUCACCCGAAUAUGGAGGACGUAUAUUCCCAAGCAGAGACCCCUCCUCUGCACCGCACACUACAGAGUCCUGUGCAGUGACUGUUUUCAUGAACAAUCCGAGCAUUUCGGCCGGGGAGGGGGGGGGGGAUAGAAAAAGGGACAGGGACUAUGGAGUUUACAGUAUUUAAGUUUGGCUUUUGUUGUCCCGAGAGAAAAGAGACAUGGAAAAGUUGAAUGAAUCAGUUUUGCCUUUAGUAUUUGGAGAUCGUCCAACAAUUAGAUAACAGGAGGGAACUUGUUAAGAAAAAUAAUUCAGAGGAAAAAAAAAAAGAAAAAAAAAACAAAUGAAAAAACAGCCACUCUUACUGAUUCCGUGCCCAUUUAAAGUGAAGCAAAGAUCUUUAUUUACCAAAAUUAUAUGGAGGAGACAUGUUGAUAAACUAAAUUCUGCGAAUGGGGAGCAGUCUGCUCAAAUGUGGCAUCUGAACCAUCUCCUCCUGUUGUACCACGAACUGUUGGCGCUCACCACAAUGAGGUGUGUGCCUGAAAAUGAUCAACACUGGAGAUGAAUAGCCUACACUGAACGAACAUGUUUUUUCUUUGCAUUUUCAGGCUUAAGGUGAUUAACCAGACUUCUGAAUAUUAGUGUAUACUUUCUUUGUUCUAUUAAGUGUGAUGUUUUGAUUUGGAAAUACUUUAACUUCCGUGUCUCUCCCUCUGCAGGGUGUCUGGUUUAUAUGGUAGCCUACUGUAACUCAUCAGAGCAGCCUAGAUUUUUUUCUGUUUACUCAGUGAGAGUUGACGGUGUUAAAGUGAUGGAGAUCAUGGCAUCCUAAAAAGCACUCGUAAUAAAAAGAAAAAAAGAAAAAAAAAAGAAUAAAAAGUCUGACACAUUUUAGAAAAAAGUCCAAUGCAACAGGACGUCUAAGUUCUGAGUGCAUGCCUUAAAAUAUUUAAAGCUUUGCAGCUGAUCACGUCGGAAAUUUGCAAACAGCAUCAGACGCUAAAAGGGCAGUUCUAAACACGCAUUUGUUUGUUUUUUGUUUUUUUUUUGUUUGUUUUCCUUUGGUGAGUUGAUUGUUUUCAGAUUAUUGUUUUCUUUGCAUGGAGCACUUAUUCUUUCGUUAUUAUUAUAAUUAUUAUAAGUAUUACUUUUCAUUAUUGUUGUUGUUACAGUUUUAUGUCUGUUAAUAAAAUUGUGAGUGUAGCUGAUCUCAUUAGGCUUGAAGAGAACAUGGUAAAAGCCCAGUUUCCAGACCCUGGUUGUCACCACAGAGCGCUGUCAGCUCACACUGCUACUGCCUGUUAAUCUGCUGGAUUCCAAACAUUUCAAGAGAGAUUGGUCAAAAUGAAAAGUAAGAAUUACUCAGGUAACUCAGUGCCCCCAUGUCUGAAUACCACGCCUGACAUGAUUUUUUUAUUCCUGUGGUUUUUGUUUGUUUGAGUUUUUUUUUUGUUUUGUUUUUUGUUUUGUUUUUUCAUGUUUGAAUCUGGUUACAUCUGCACCGUUUCCUUUGUUUCAUGGAUUCAUUCUAUUAUAUCAAAACGCUGGAAUCAGAGAAAAAGGAAAUUAUAGUUGCUUAAGCGAUGAAGGGAUUUAGAUAUAUUUAUUUUUUCCCAACCAAGGGAAAUCUGAAAAUCUCAUGCGUUGUGUCAUUUGUCAAUGUUGGACCAGUCCAAACGCCUACAGCAGUGCUAUUCAAUACAGAUGAGAGAAACCUUGAUUUUCCGGUUUUGUUUUAUUUUUUUUUUUGUUUUGUUUUUCAAGAAAAAAUAGGAAUAAUAAUAAUAAUUAAAAAACAAAAACAAAAAAGAUUUUAGAGAAAAUGUUGCCAGGAUUAUUUCCAAUCUGUAAAUAUGUCCAAUAUGUAAACUUGUAUUCGUUCUGAGAUAUUGUUUUGUUUUUGUUUCUUUCCGGGCAGUUUUGUACACUUACUAAUUCCAAGAAGAUAUUUUAAUAUGAUUUCAUUUAUGAAUCUGACCAUUUAUAUAUAUAUAAAAAUAUUUAUUUCUUAAAAGUGUUUGGAGCUCUUUGUUUGGCUCUGUCAAUGGUUAUGUUGCAGUGAAUUUCAGUAUGUUUUUCCUUUUGUUUACUUGGUUGUAUGUUGAUUGCUAAAUGUAGACUGCAAAGUCACAUUUAUAUUUAUGUUAUAGUAAUAUUUUAUUACUUACAUAAAACAUAUAUACAAGAACGUGUCUUUUGUCUUCAUUAAGAACCGAAUGACCCCUCCUUUUGUUGCUGUUUAUCGUGGCAUCAGCAGGCAGACGAGAUAAACAUGAGAAAGUUAAAGCUGUUCAGCGGCAGCGCAUCGAGACUUCAUCUGCAGCUGCAGUCAUUGGUUAUGUAGCAGAGAUCUUUGAAAAGCAGAAGCUGUGUACAUGUGCUGUUAAAGAGAACUGUCAACAGUAUUUUACCUCAGGCAUUCCCUGCUAACCCCAGUCUUUGCCGUAAUUCACAUCUUUGUGUAAUCACAGUAUUAAAU